ACAAAUCAGAUGCAAACAGAGUCUUCAUCUUCAUCUCCCAACACUAUGUCACCAGUGCCAUUAAAUAACCUGAGCAGUUCUCCGAGGUUUGGAACAGUUACUCCGAAUCGCAUCUUUGUGGGAGGAAUUGAUUUUAAGACUAAUGAAAAUGAUCUGAGGAAGUUUUUUGCUCAGUAUGGCAGUGUGAAAGAAGUGAAGAUAGUAAAUGACAGAGCUGGAGUGUCAAAGGGGUAUGGCUUUGUUACUUUUGAAACCCAAGAAGAUGCACAGAAGAUUUUACAAGAGGCUAAAAAACUUAAUUACAAGGAUAAGAAACUGAAUAUUGGUCCAGCAGUAAGAAAACAACAAAUGCGGAGUUCUCGUUCUGCUGUAAUACCAGACGCUGGUACAAUGUACUUAACUACUUCAAGUGGAUAUCCUUAUAUUUACCAUAACGGAGUGGCUUAUUUUCAUACGGCUGAAGCUACUUCUGUUCCACAGCCAUGGCCAUUGCGGACUGUUUCCAGUUCACCUGUGAUGGUAGCUCAACCAGUUUAUCAGUCUCCUACACUGCAUUAUCAGGCACCGACACAGUGUCUUCCAAGUCAGUGGCAGUGGUCUGUUCCACAGUCUUCUGCCUCUUCACCUUCACUGUUGUGUCUGCAACCAUCUGAAGUCAUUUAUCAGCCGAUAGGGAUUACCCAGGAAAAUGGAUGUAUCCCUUUUCCUCUCCUAGUGGAAGCUGCAGUUCCUGAGCUGUAUUCUGAACAUGGAGUGCAAGUGCCGCAUCACCAGCCUUAUGCCCAGAGUGCCACAGCCAUGCCUGCACCCCUCUUGGAACCUGAAAGUGUUACAUGCAGGAUUGGAGUGCAAAGCAAUAGUACUUCCUUUAAGCUUACCCCUCAGAAAAUGUUCUAG